AUGAUCUUCGCAGCUAGGCAAAUUCAAGAAAAGAGUCGUGAGCAAAGGAUAGACCUUUACACCGCCUUCACUGACCUCUCCAAAGCUUUCGACACAGUAAACAGAGAACUUUUGUGGACUCUGUUGGAGAGGGUCGGUGCACCAACAAGAUUUUUAAACAUCCUCCGCCAGAUAGAAUCUAUGCAACGUGCACUGGACGUGAUCUCAGGUAUUUGCAGCUCGCUUGGUUUGCAAAAUAACACCCAGAAGACUGAGAAUUUUGUCCAGCCCAUUGUUCCACCAAUAAAAGCACCACAAUUCUACAGUAAUGGAGAUCCUAUCAAAAUAGUAAACCAGUUUAAGUACCUUGGUGGCACUCUCACACCCACCAGCUCACUGGAUAUGGAAAUUCAAACCAGAAUCAAUUUAACCUCAGCUGCAUUUGAACGUUUGAGAACAAGAGUCUUUCUCAACAAUGACCUCAAAUAUGGAACGAAGACUGCAGUUUAUCUAGCAGUCUGUAUAUCUACAUUAUCAUAUGCCUCAGAAACCUGGACGCCCUACAGACGCCAAAUCCAAAUGCUGGAAAACUUCCACACUAGAUGCCUUAAGCGUAUCUUUGGAAUAUCCUGGGAAGAUAGAUUGACUCAUGAAGAACUAUAUCGUCGCUCAAACACGACCAACAUUGAAGCCAUGCUAGCCAAAAGACACUUGCGCUGGCUUGGACAAGUUAUCAGGAUACCAGACCACCGGCUUCCAAGACAAAUAUUAUAUGGCAAGCUCUCACACGGAAACCGCUCGGCGGGAGGUCAGAAAACAAAGAUAUUAGGACCACUCUAA